UGUUGUGAUCAAACAGAAUCUGAAUAAAAACCAUCAGAGGGUUUAAUCCAACUCGUUAUCAAUGAUCAAUAUCUCUGAAAAGUCUUGAUUGGACUGGACAUGGAGGUGGCACUAUCAUGCUGUGGGCUGCAGGUCCAUUCAGGUUCUGGACGGCCCAGCUGGAACCCAACCGGAAGUGUCCGGUCCAGAACCUUUUGAAGCUGAAAGUCAAUCUGUUUCGAACUUUUCACCGCUUCCGGUUUCACAGAUGAACUUAUCGAUCAGGUCCCGGCUUCAAUAUGGGGCCAAAAAGAGACUUUCAACCAGAACCAGUGGGACCAGUAGAGCCCAGUAGAACCAUCGCAUCAUGGCUUCUGGAAGCUGCGCCUCUACUUUGCAUAGAUAGCGUCCUCUCUCUCUCUCUCUCUCUCUUCCGGACUCGCUGCUUCAUCCAGUCAACUUUUACUUCCUCGUCGCGCCGCGGAUAGAGGAACUGACCGCCCCGCCGCGGCCGCUCAGCCCGCUCUUCCUCCCGCUUUGUUUCACACCGUCGGAACCAUGACCCGGUAGCGGAGCGGCGGACCGACCCGACACCGACCGGAGCAAAAGCAGCACCAUGGCCCGUUCCGCCUCGCAGGGCGAGAUGACGGAGUACAGGAAGAACGUGAUCAAGCGGGACCUGGAGAUGGGCGUGGUCAUGACGGUGUUCCGGCAGAAGGCGGAGCGGCUCACCGUGCAGGUCAUCAUGGAGACCCGGCAGGUGGCGUGGACGCGCACGGCGGAUAAAACUGACGGAGUCCUGGACCUGUCUGAGAUCAGGGAAGUCCGUCCAGGAAGGAACUCCAAAGACUUUGAGCGCUUCAAAGACGGGAAGGACAAACACAACGACGACACCUGUUUCACCAUCUUCUACGGCUCCCAGUUCGUCCUCAACACCCUCAGCCUGGGAGCGGAUUCGGUGGACGAGGCUCAGAAAUGGCUAUCAGGGCUGGAGCUGCUGAGAGAGGAGACGCUGGUGGCGCCGACCCCGGUUCUGAUCGAGAGCUGGCUCAGGAAGCAGAUGUAUUCUAUCAGCCAGACCAAGAAAAACAGCCUCUCUGUGAAGGAGCUGAAGGCGCUGCUGCCGCUGCUGAACUACAAGGUUCCCAGCUCUCGCGCUCUGAAGGACAAGCUGCAGGAAGUGGGAGUGAAGAAGGACCGCCUUGACUUUGAGCAGUUUCAUAAGUUUUAUAACCUGAUGAUGUUCGAGCAGAACGAGAUCCUGGACGAGUUCAAACGGGAAGCCUGUUCCUUCAUCCUGGGGAACACGGACAAACCAGACGCUUCAGCUGUGCUGCUCCAUGAUUUCCAACGAUUUCUCAUUUAUGACCAGAAGGAACCGUGGGCCAACGAUCUGAACCAGGUCAGAGAGCUGAUGACCAUCUUCAUCGAUGACACCAUGAGAAAAACUAACGACCCUGAGUUUACCGUCAGUGAGUUCCUGAGUUUCCUGUUUUCCAAGGAAAACUCAAUUUGGGAUGAAAAGUUCUCUGAAAUCAACAACCUGGACAUGAACAACCCGCUGUCCCACUACUGGAUCAGCUCCUCACACAACACGUACCUGACAGGGGACCAGCUCCUCAGCGAGUCGUCCACCGAGGCGUACGUCCGCUGCCUCCGCUGGGGUUGCCGCUGCGUCGAAUUGGACUGCUGGGAAGGUCCAGGAGAACCGAUCAUCUACCACGGCUGGACCAGAACCACAAAGAUCAAGUUCGAAGAUGUAGUGAAAGCCAUAAACGACCACGCCUUUGUCGCCUCAGACUUCCCGCUCAUCCUGUCCAUCGAGGAGCACUGCCCCAUCGAGCAGCAGCGCCAGAUGGCACGCAUCUUCAAGGACGUCUUCGGAGACAAGCUGCUGGCCGAGCCGGUGGAGCAGCUGGCCGAGCAGCUGCCCUCGCCCACGCAGCUGAGGGGCAAGAUUAUCCUGAAGCAUAAGAAGGUGAACAUGGAGGGCGGAGCCACAGCCAAGGACUUCAGGAAGGGGCAGAAGCAGGGAGACCUGGACAUCUGGGACCCGGUGGACCAGCGCUGGAACCGCCACUACUGUGUGAUCUCUGACGACAAGCUGUACUACGCAGAGGAGAGCGAGGAGGAAGCCGAAGAUCCCCGGAAGUACCAGGACCUGCACUGUUCGGAGCCCUGGUUUCACGGCCGCAUCCAGGAGGGCAGGCUGAUGGCGGAGCGCCUGAUCCACGACUACUGCGCAGAAACCGGGGGACAGGACGGGACCUUCCUGGUCCGACAGAGCGACAGAUACGUCACCGACUUCACCCUCUCCUUCUGGCGCACCGGCAGAGUGCAGCACUGCCGGAUCCGCUCCAGCGCAGAGGGAGGCCACUCCAACUUCUUCCUGACCCCCAACCUGCACUUCCCCAGCGUCUACUCUCUGAUCGAGCACUACCGGGAAAACCCGCUGCGCUGCCAGGACUUUGAGCUGCGCCUCACCGAAGCCGUGCCCAAGCCGGACCCCCACCUGCAGGAGCGAUGGUUCUACAGCAACCUGAGCAGAGGCCAAGCGGAGGAUUACCUGCUCAGGAUCCCCAGAGACGGAGCGUUCCUGAUCCGACAGAGGGAAGGAGAGCCAGACUCCUUCGCCAUCACCUUCAGAGGCGAUGGGAAGGUGAAGCACUGCCGGAUCCAGAAGGAGGGCAGCGUCUACCUGCUGGGGACCACCACGGAGUUCGAGUCUCUGGUGGAGUUGGUGAACUACUUCAAGAAGAAACCGUUGUAUCGCAAGAUCAAGCUGCGUUACCCAGUGACGCCGGAGCUGGUGGAGCGCUUCAGUGCAAACGAGAACUGCUCUUCCAUAUACAUGGAGACGUACGUGAAGCCCAACGAGAUUGAGCCGUCGCUGCCCCAGAAUACGGUCCGGGCUUUGUACAGCUACCAGGCCAAGCGACCCGACGAGCUGAGCUUCACUAAAGGAGCACUGAUUCAUAACGUGUCCAAACAAGUGGACGGGUGGUGGAAAGGCGACUACGGAGGGCGACUGCAGCUCUUCUUCCCUGCCAAUUACGUGGAGGAAGUGUCCAACUCAGCACAGACUGACGCCAAAGCUCAGGAGAUGGAAGACAACCCUCUGGGGGAACUCUGCAAGGGAAUCGUGGAGAUCUCCAUGUACAACAUCCAGAACAUGAAGAACGGUAAAUACGGAAAGCCGCAUGUCCUGACCCUGCAACACAAGGAGCAGGACAGCGUGCAGUUCGACCUGGCCGCCGGCUCGCUGGAGGAGCUGUUCGAGUGGUACCAGGUGGCCUGGGACGUGACCCAGAGGGAGAUGAGCAAGCAGUACCACCGGGAGCAGGAGAUGAAACAACAGGAGGAAGUGGAGAAGAAGGCGGAGGUUGCCAUGGAGAUGUCUGAUCUGGUGGUCUACUGCCAGCCUCGCAGCAAAGAGAAAGAUCGCUUUGACAGCUACAGCUAUAAGGAGGUUCGCUCCUUCAUGGAGAACAAGAUUCCGGGAAAGAGCCGCACCAAGGACUUCCUGCGCUACAACCGCAAAGCUCUGAGUCGGAUCUACCCCAAAAACCAGCGGGUGGAGUCCUCCAACUUUGACCCCUACCCACUGUGGGCAGUGGGCUGCCAUAUGGUGGCGCUCAACUACCAGACCGCAGAUAAAUACACUCAGCUGAACAGCGCCCUCUUCAGCCUGAAUGGGAACAGCGGCUAUGUGCUGCAGCCGGAGAUGAUGCGCUCCGACGGCUACGACCCGCAUCAGGAGAAGAAGAAAGUCAAGUACAGCAUCAAAGUCAAGGUGAUCGCUGCCAGACACCUGCCCAAGCCGGGCCGCAGCAUCGCCAGCCCGUUCGUGGAGGUGGAACUGUGCGGACACUCAGAUGAGAAGUUCAAGACCAUCGUGUACCGUGACAACGGCCUGAACCCGGUGUGGAAAGCGCCAGCGGAGCCGGUGGAGUUCAGUGUGUUUGAGCCAGAGCUCAGCUUUCUGCGCUUCGUGGUCAACGAGGAGGACAUGUUCUCCGACCCCAACUUCCUGGCCCAGGCCACACUUCCUGUCAAAGGCAUCCGCUCAGGUUAUCGCUCCGUCCCGCUGAAGAACGGCUACAAUGAGAACCUGGAUCUGGCCGCACUGCUCGUUUACAUUAAUGUUCAACAGGCAGGGAGAGCCGAGGAGGAGCUGUACUCGUCGUCCAGCCAGCUGAGGAAGAAGCAGGCGGAGCACAGCGAGCCCUUCCUGUACGACACGCACAGCAACCUGCAGCGGGCUGCGCUGCCCCACCAACACGGCCAGCUGGUUCGCGAGUCCAGCGAGAGACACAGGUCAAAGGAGAAGAAGAUAAACAACAGCAAGUUUUACACCUGAGGACUCACCUGUCCCUCUGUCCACCUGUCCCUCCGUCCACCUCUCCCUCCGUCCACCUGUCCCUCCGUCCACCUGUCCCGAUCUUCACGGUUUGAUCUUUUCUCUUGUCGACUGAAGGGCAACAAUCUGAUGUUAUUAAUGGAUAAAUUGUAUUUAUUUAAGUCAAACCAUUUCUGGGUCUGAUAUUUUAGCAGGUGUGGAAAUGUUACAGGUGUCUCAGACAGGAAGUGUGGAAUAAUUCUGCUUCCUGCUCUUGUGAUGGUAUUUAUUUCUUGCGGUUCAAUCUGCUGAUUUUUCUCCUUUAACACCUGAAAUCAGAAGAAUUUAAAGUGAAUAUGUGUUAAGCUGAAAGUUUGGAUGUUAAAUGAUGCAGAUUAUGUUCCUGAAGCCAUUUUCCUGUGUGACUUUAUCUUCAUAAAUAAUAAAUAAAUGUGUGCUCAUUUCAA